CGGCUCCACUCGUUUUAUAUCCAGAUUUUGUUUUUAAUCUCAGGCGAUUGUGUCCUUUUUGGUUUUUCCAUCUCUGCCCAUCAUUAGUUGGAGCGCGCCAAGUCACGCUGCGUAGGAGAGCGCUUGGCGCACUUCUUCCCCAAAGGACAGAGACAGUAUCUCCAUUAUUCUGUUUGGAUUAGAAAGGAGGACAGGCUGAAUGGACCUCGCUGAAACGUAGACUUUUACUGGCUUCCACAUAUUUUUUGGAAACGUGUUUUCUCUGCUGACUCGGAGUUGUGAUGUCCGACACCUUCACUGACUGACAAACGGCGUCGUACCAAUUUGGAAUCGAGUUGACGGCUGUGAGAACGAGGGGAAGAUGAGACCUCCCAGGCCUCUGCUGAUCAUGCUGUACGUCACGCUGUCCGAGAGUCUGAAGGUGGUCUCGAAAAGGGGCUCAGUGGACGGCUGUACGGAUUGGUCAGUCGACUACCUGAAGUAUCGGGUGCUGCAAGGCGAGCCGGUGCGGCUGAAGUGCGCUUUGUUUUACGGUUACAUCCGGGCCAACUACAGCCAGGCACAGAGCGUGGGCCUCAGUCUCAUGUGGUACCGCAGCUCCGGCCUCGGCCACAGCGACUUCGAGGAGCCCAUCUCUUUCGAUGGUGUGCGGAUGAGCAAGGAGGAGGAUGCCAUUUGGUUCCGUCCAGCUGACCUCCAGGAUGUGGGCCUCUACUCCUGUGUACUACGGAAUUCCACGUAUUGCAUGAAGGUUUCCAUGUCGCUGACUGUGGCGGAGAAUGACAUGAAUCUAUGCUACAACUCCAACAUGAGACGAGCGGAGAAAGCGGAGCUCAGCAAAAGUAAAGACAUCGUGUGUCCUGGACUGGACGACUACAUCGACCCCGGCAAGGAGCCACUCGUCACCUGGUACAAGGAGUGCCUUCCACAGCAGUGGCGUGCCAGCAUCAUCCAGAAGGGCGAUACCCUGUCAAUCCAGGAGGUCAGCGAAGACGACAUUGGGAAUUACACCUGUGAAAUCCAGUUUGGUGACUUUCUGGUGAGAAGGACGACUGAGCUAAUAGUCACCGCUCCUCUGACCGAUAAGCCGCCAAAGAUCCUGUUUCCUUCAGAAAACAAGAUUAACAACAUGGAGCUGCAGCUAGGAAGCCCUCUGAACCUGACCUGCCGGGCAUUUUUUGGCUACAGUGGCGAUGUCAGCCCGCUGAUCUACUGGAUGAAGGGAGAAAAGUUCAUCGAGGAUCUGGAUGAAGAGAGAGUCCAGGAGAGCGACAUCAAAAUUGUUAGGGAACACCUUGGCGAGCAGGAAGUGGCCAUUUCACUGACGAUCGAUUCCCUUGAAGAAGAGGACCUGGGAAAUUAUUCCUGUUACGUGGAGAACAGUAAUGGGCGCCACCAAGCCACCAUCCAGCUCUUCAGACGGGAGCUCAUGUACACCGUGGAGCUGGCAGGUGGGCUGGGAGCGAUCCUGCUACUCCUCAUCUUCCUCAUCUCCCUCUACAAGUGCUACAAGAUCGAGCUGAUGCUUUUCUACAGGAGACACUUUGGCAGCGAGGACGUAGACGGAGACAAUAAAGACUAUGACGCAUAUCUGUCCUACACCAAAGUGGACCCAGACCAGUGGAGUCAGGAGACGAAGGAGGAGGAACGCUUCGCCCUGGAGAUCCUCCCUGAUGUGCUGGAGAAACAUUACGGCUAUAAACUCUUUAUCCCAGAUCGAGACCUCAUUCCCACAGGGAGUCUCGCCAAUGAGCGUUACCAGGAUGACACACGGCUGCUUGGAGCCUACAUAGAGGACGUGGCACGCUGCGUAGACCAGAGCAAACGCCUCAUUAUAGUUAUGACACCAAACUACGUGGUGCGGCGGGGCUGGAGCAUUUUCGAGCUGGAGACGCGGCUGCGCAACAUGCUGGUGACCGGCGAGAUCAAGGUCAUUCUGAUUGAGUGUGCCGAGUUGCGUGGCAUCAUGAACUAUCAGGAAGUGGAAGCUCUCAAGCAUACCAUCAAAACCCUCACAGUCAUCAAGUGGCGCGGCCCCAAGAGCAACAAGCUCAACUCCAAGUUCUGGAAGCAGCUGCAGUACGAGAUGCCAUUCAGGCGCACAGAGCCCAUGCUCAGUCACGAGCCGGCACUGGACGUCAGCGAGCAGGGCCCCUUCGGAGAACUGCAGACCGUCUCGGCCAUCUCCAUGGCUGCAGCCACCUCCACUGCCAUGGCCACCGCCCACCCAGAGCUACGCUCCUCCUUCCACAACACCUACCACACCACCAUGAGGCAGAAACACUACUACCGCAGCUACGAGUAUGACAUACCCGCGGGAGGGACCCUGCCGCCACUGUCCUCUCUGGGAAACCAGCACACCUACUGCAACAUCCCGCUAACGCUGCUCAAUGGACAGAGGCCUCCUGGGAAAACCCGAGAACACAGCCUGGAGGAGGGGCAUGCUAACAACGCCAUGCUUCCUCUGCUGCCCAGAGAGACCAGCAUCUCGAGUGUCAUCUGGUAACGAGGAGAGACCGUACGUAGAGACUAAACGGGGAUCGGACGCACUUAGACCAGUCUUAAGCUGGCAUCUUUUCAGACCUGAUUAUGGUUGGGAUUAUAGAAAUGACUCUUUUCACUUACUGGCAGCAAACAAAAGACCUUCAUAAAGAUUUGGACAGUUUCCCUUGGUUUUAUUUUUGUUGCAUUUUUUUCAAGUGGACAGCGCCUAUUUCUUAACUACGGGACUGUUUCAUGACUGUUUUAUGAGCUAGCAAGACAUGGACGUGCAGAGAUGCCACAUGAAAAUGACAAACUGACACAUUUUGGCAUAUGUGCACACCCACACAAACACACUAUUGUGCAUACAGACAAAUUAAAGGAAAACAGGGUCUUGUACAUAUAUUUGAAAUUUAUUUGUAGCAUCAGUGUAUUCUUGUUUUAUUCUUUUAUUUGUUUUAUUCAGUCAUAUUUGUUGCCUUCUGUGCUGGGAUGGUCAUGCUAUUCAGAGAAUUUUCACAGCAAAUUUCUAUUUCAUUUCAGUCAAUGCAUUUGCUUGAGUCAUUUGGGCUAAUAUUUUGCUUUCAGUUCAGUUUGCCGUACUUUGGAUUCACUGUCUCGAUACUGCUAACUUCUUUGGAUAGAGAAGCAAAAAAUGUCCCAAACACAGGUGGCUAGCGUGGCAGCUAGCCAUGUCACAUAAUCCAAUUUUAUAAAAUACUGUCAUUCCAGUAUAAAUCAUCCCAAAAACAAAUCUUUGUAGUUUUCAGUCAUUUAUAAUAAUAAUAACAAUAAUAAUAAUAAUAAUAAUAAUAAAUGUGGAUAGUAAAAAAAACAUACCCUGCAAGUCAAGUUAAUUUAUUAUUCAGAUAGCAAGCUAGCUAGCUAGCAAGCUUAGCUAUAGUCACUGCGUGUAGCUAGCUAAAAAAAAAUGCUUGUUGAGCUUAUUUGCAAGCAAAUACUGUAUUCUGCUGCUAUAUGUUCAUCAGGUAAUAUUAGGCUGCUACCCAGUUUGUAGUUUUACUGAAAAAAAUAGCCCUGUGCCAUUGGAAUAUUUGUGUGUGUGAUGAUGAGCUCUGUGCUAAAAAUGCAAUACAGACACCAGGACCUGUUUGACAUCAUUAUUAUUCACCACGUUUCAAGUUUGAAAUUCACAUGGCAAAUUCCUAGUGUGACCAGGGCCUAAGCUUUUAUAUAGUUUUAAUGUUUACUGUUUCCCUUGCUUUUUUUUAUUCUUAUUAUUUUCAGUUUUGUUAUUUUUACACGCUUAUUCAGGAAGUUGGUUUGUCGCAUACCCGUGCCUGUUUUUGUUUGUUUUUUAUGUACAUUUUGUUUUAUUAUUAUUAUUAUUAUUAUUUUAUUUUGUGGAUUUUAAGAGAGCAUUUUUUAACACAUUUGAAAUUGCCUGAACAUUUCAGGAUUUGUUGAGCUGAAACUUCUUUUGGUUUACCUGUAAACGGUGUAUCUAAUUUAAAAGAAAACGAUCUUCAAAAAAAAAAAGUCAUAGAAUAUGCAAAAAGUAGGAGGAGCUGGCAACAAUAUCCUGUCCUGAGAGACGGAGAAGGAACAUCGGUUUGGGGACAGCGCCAGUCCACUCCAAUCAAACAGACUGACAGACGGCCGAUAUCUCUCUCUCUCUUUCUCUCUCUCUCUGUCUCUCUCUAAAGCUUCAUAUUUUGUAUUGAAACAAACGGCCUUGCUGUUUUAGAGUGUUAGUGAAAUGCCUCACCUUAAAAAGAAAUCUGUAGAUUAUUUUAAAAAGAAUUUCUAUUUUUAUAACAGAAAAGACUUUGCUUGAGAAGUCACACUUAUUUGCAUUUCAUUGUCCAUAAGAAGGGGUUUUUGUGUAUCAGUGUUACUGCUUUGCUAUGUGGGUAUCGGUUCGAUAAGAAAUUAAAGGUGGCUUUUGAAUUUGUCAUGAAAAAAAAUAUGUCCACUACUGUUCUAGAUGCAAAAGUAAUACAUUUUUUUUCAGUGUUUGGUUGGUUUUUUAACAAUGUUAUUAUUCCCAUCCUGCUCAUUAAUUUGGAUCAUAUGGAUAAUUAAUGUUUAAGAAAAGAAAUAAUUUGUUUUGAAAGACUUUUUAAUUAUAUUUGAAGGUGUGAUUUUUGAGUAUGCAUAGCAAAUAGAUAUGUAUUCUAUAUAUAAUAUAGAUAUUUAUAUAAAUAUAUAAACACAAUUUUCACUUGGAAA